AUGAUAAGAUAACGCAAGAUAUAACAAAUUACUAGAAUAAAAGUGACCACUAAGAUGAGCACACGGGUUUAAUAGAGACGCCAUUCGUAACGGUCUCUUGGAUAAGCAUGCAUUACCCAUGUUAAUAAGAAUAGUUAUCUGCGAGCAGCCCAUAUAAUACGCUGACAAAUUUUAAUGAAUGCAUUUCUUGGAUUUUAGUUAUUGCAAAUGCAAGUAGGCAUCAAUUGCAGAAUGGGUGGAAAGGAGAACGAGAAUUCAUUACGUUUACCAUCUGAUGCUUACAAUUACGAUCCUGAUCUAUUCAAUUGUGCAAAGAAAUCGGUUGAAACGAAGUCACUACUACCAAUCCUGAAAGAUGAAAUAAAAUCUAAAAUACAAGCUAAACGUCUUUCUCAGGGAUUAGAAGAACUAAAAGUAGAAUUUGAAAGCAAACCGCAAUCUCCUCUAACAGAAGAAGAAUUAGAAAAACAAAAUCACAGAAAAAUGCAUAAUAGAGUGUCAGCUAAAAAAUGUCGAUGGAAGAAAAAAAUAUUUUAUUCAAAGAAACAACAGGAGCUCCAUGAAUUAGAGAAAAGAAAUCAGCAGUUAAAGAACACUAUAAAUAGAAUAGAAACUGAGAAGGAUUAUUAUAUGUCAAAACUAGCUAGUUCUCCGGAAAUAAUGAACAUUUGUACUGAGUUGUAUGGAGAACCUUUAGAUAUUUUAUGUGAAAUCAAGUCAGACAAUGUGCUAAAUCAUUAGAAUUUAAAUUUCAAUUCAGACAACCUUAGGUCCUCUAUUAUGAUAUUAAUGUAUGUUACCAAUUAAAAAAAAUACUAGA